AAAUCCAAACUCGGUCGAUUGGUCGGAGCGACCGGACCGGACCGAACUGAGCUGAUCGAUGGUAUUGGGCGAUGGCUUCUCAAUUCUCAACCGCGUCGGGCGCCUGGUAGACGCUUCCAGACUGCGAACCCGCCGGACCCGUCCGGCGAGACGCAGAGGUUUUUGGUUUUCUUGGGAACGAAGAAAGGAAGAAGAUAGACGGAUAGCAUCUAUCGUAUUAUAUUAUUAUAAUAUUAUAUGAACAAACAGCAGCGCUGCCGUCCGUCCGUCCGUCCGUCCGUCCGAAGGCAGAUUAGAAGGGGUUUCUUUUCCUUUUCCUUUUCCUUUUCCUUUCCGAAGGCAGAUUAGAAGAGGAAGAGAUAGAUGGAGCGUGGGAGGAGCGGCGGGGUGUGGCGAGGGAUGCUUCCGCUGCUGGGGCUGCACGUGGCGAACGAGUACUACCGGCUGGGGCGGAAGCCGCCCGUGACGGCGGGGCUUAUCCUGGCCAACACCCUCAUCUACCUGCGCCCCGGCCCUCUUCACAGGAUCCUCCCCACGGUCGACCAGGUCUGCUUCAACCCCCACCUCAUCCUCAAGUACGGCGACAUGAGGCGCUUCUUCUUAUCAGCUUUCUAUCACAUGGGCGAAUCCCACCUGGUCUACAAUAUGAUGUCUUUGCUAUGGAAAGGCAUCCAACUCGAAACUUCUAUGGGCAGUGUUGAGUUUGCGUCAAUGGUUGCAGCUCUUCUGGGAUUGUCACAAGGUAUCACCCUACUCCUGUCAAAGGGCUUGCUUCUCUUAUUCGAUUAUGAAACAGCAUACUACCACCAGUUUGCUGUUGGAUUCUCCGGGGUGUUAUUCGCCAUGAAGGUGGUGCUGAAUGCGCGGUCAGAUGACGAAUACUCUUAUGUUCAUGGAAUGAUAAUCCCGACAAGGCAUGCUGCAUGGGCUGAAUUGAUUCUUAUUCAGCUUUUUGUGCCAGGGGUGUCAUUUCUGGGGCACCUUGGUGGAAUACUUGCCGGGCUGGCCUACCUUCAGUUGAGAGGAUCAUUUUUGGGCUCUGAUCCGCUCGCUCUUCUCAUACGAAAUUUUGUGGGAGCUGUGAGUUGGCCUUUGAGGUUUGUGCGAAGUCUUUUCAGUUUUCAGCGGCCCCGUAUAUCGGGAAGGGGGAGAGUUGGCCGUAAUCUGCCUGGGAGGGUUGUAGCUGCUGCUGUUUGGAGGUGCCCUGUAUGUACUUACGACAAUUCAGCAUGGGUGGAUGUAUGUGAGAUGUGCAGCACGGUACGUCAAGAUCAUCAUCAUGACUUCAGUCGAACACAUCCAUCUGACAGAAGCGGGGACCUUUCACUGGAAGAGCUGCGUCGCAGGAGGCUAGAAAGGUUUGAGCGAUGACGACCACCUAAAACUUUGGCUGACAAGUAUUUGUUGCUGUUAUUUUUUUAUAGUUAUGUUUUCUUACAUGAACCUAUACAGGAGAUAAUUAAAUCAACUUCUUUUCUAUCCCUAAAGAACGCUUGAAUGUAGCCAUUGUGGCUUUCCCCACGGUAUUAGUGUGGUUUUGGUGGCAUCUGAGCUGAAAAAGCGGCGAUGGGAAUAUUUAUGCAUGUUAAGCACUGUCUGGUUUCUAACUGUUUUUGCUGUGUAUUUCAAACGGACAGACCGUAUAUGAUUACUCCUAUUUCUACGUAA